AUGGCGUCCCAUCUAAAGAAUCACCUGCCAGGUCAGAAAUCGAGCAAGGAGACUACUCCACGCACAUCAACGACACAGGCACCCUCCAACCCACAUGUGGAUCUCGACCCAAAAUACGACGAUUAUGACUUCCCCACAACUGCUCCAGAGACGCAAUCAGGUCACCCUGGUCAUACCACAAGGGAACAGGAUGCACAGGUCUAUCAAUUGAGGCAAAUGCUAGAGCAGGCAGGAUAUACGGAGCGCUUGGACACAUUGACGCUACUGAGGUUUCUGCGGGCAAGAAAAUUCAACGUUGAGCAGGCGAAGACAAUGUUCAUGGACUCCGAAAAAUGGCGAAAAGAGUUCGGGACAGACGACCUACCUCGAACGUUCGAUUAUAACGUGAAUCCCAAGUAUUCCAGUAUUAUCCGCAAUAUUAUCACAAAACCGAUAGAGUUUGAUGGUCGCCCGGUCUACAUCGAACAGCUCGGUAAAAUCGAUCUAACUGCCAUGUACAAAAUCACAACUGCAGACCGUAUGCUCCGCAACAUGGUAGUCGAGUACGAAAAACUCGCCGACCCGCGGCUCCCAGCCUGCUGCCGUAAAUCCGGCCGCCUCCUCGAAACCUGUUGCAGCAUCAUAGACCUCAAGGGUGUCGGCGUCAGCAAAGUCAGCUCCGUCUACGGCUACCUCAAGUCCGCCUCGGCCAUCUUACAAAACUACUACCCCGAACGGCUCGGCAAGUUGUACCUGAUCAACGCUCCCUGGGGAUUCAGUGGCGCGUUUAAUUUCGUCAAGGGCUUCCUCGAUCCGGUGACCGUGCAGAAAAUCCAUAUCCUAGGGUCGGACUACCUGCCUAAGCUGCUGGAGCAGGUGCCGAAGGAGAACUUGCCGAAGCAGUUCGGUGGAGACUGCGAAUGUGACGGUGGCUGUGCGCUGAUACGAAAUAAUUAA